AUGAUCGACUCCUGGUGCGAGUUCUGCGCCAGCGAGCUGGAGAUUCCUCUGUGCACUUGGGUGAUGCCUCUGAUGGGCGAGAUGCCGGAGGUACCAGAGGCCACGCAGUUCGCCAAGGAGGAUGCCCUGCGAGCAAUGACCAUCCUGGACAAGCAUCUGCUGAACAACACCUACAUGGUGGGACAUACGAUCACUCUCGCCGACAUUUCAGUGUGCUGCGCUCUCGUGGACGGCAUGCAGAAAGUGUUCGAUGAGGGCAUUCGCAAGGAGUACAACAACCUGAUGCGAUGGUUCAACCACUGCAUUGCGACGCCAGAGUUCAAGUCCGUGCUGGGCGACGUGAAGCUCUGCGGUAAGGCCGCUGGCGGUGCAAAGGGUGGCAAGGAGAAGGCCGAGAAGCCUGCCCCCAAGGAGAAGGCAGAGAAGCCUGCUCCCAAGGAGAAGGCUGAGAAGCCUACCAAGGAGAAGGCAGCACCCAAGGAGAAGGCCGCCCCUAAGGAGAAGGCUGCACCGAAGGACAAAGCUGGCAAGAAGGACAAGGGCAAGGAGGAGAAAGCUGAGAAGGAGGAGGAGAAGAAGGAGCUGACGCCCGAGGAGCUCGAAAAGCAAAAGAAGGACAAGCUGAAGAAGGUCAUCAAGGAGGGUGGAAAGCGAGGAGUGGAGAUUGAGGGGGCAGCCGACAUGGGCGGCUUACAGUUCUUCUGCACUGCUGUGGACCUUCCGGAGGGGGACCUGGACCUUCUGAUUGCGUCGAUGGAAGCGAUGAACGCAAAGAGCGAUCCGGGUGAGGAGGAGAAGUCAGAUUGGUCUUGA